GGGGGAAGAGGCGCGGCGUCUGCCGGUGCCUGACAGGCUGCCCCGCCAUGUCUCGCUUCUUCCAAGCGCUUCGCCGCGCCGCCAGCGCCCGGGCGGCGGGUCCGGGAGUGGAGGAGGCGGACAUUUACCGGUGGGGUCUGACAGGCAUCCAGCUUCGCCCUUAUCAAAUAGAAGGUGUAAACUGGCUGGUGCAAUGCUAUGAAGUCCAGCAUGGCUGUAUCCUGGGUGAUGAGAUGGGUCUUGGGAAGACUUGUCAGACUAUUUCUCUACUUCUUUAUUUGACAAAAAAAGUAACAGACAAAGAGAGAUUUCUCAUACUUUGUCCUCUGUCCGUUCUGAGCAACUGGAAGGAGGAACUGGAGAGGUUUGCUCCAGGUCUUUCCUUUGUGACAUACAUAGGCAACAAGGAGGAGCGACCCAAACUGCAGCAGAACCUGAAAGAGCAAUCUCACUUCCAUGCACUCCUGACAACGUAUGAGAUUUGCCUGAAAGAUGCAGCAUUUCUAAAAUUCUUUAACUGGGCUGCCUUGGUUGUAGAUGAAGCUCACAGACUGAAAAAUCAAAGUUCUCUGCUUUACAAGACGCUUUCUGAGUUUUCAGUAGGCUUCAGCCUGCUACUCACAGGCACUCCAAUCCAGAACAGCCUUCAGGAACUGUACUCCUUACUCAGCCUUAUUGAGCCUGACAUCUUUCCUAGGGAACAAGUGAAAGACUUUGUUGAGUAUUACCAAGCUAUCGAAAAGGAGAGUGAGCCAGCCAAAGAAUUGCACAAUCUUCUGCAGCCAUUUUUGCUUCGAAGAGUCAAGUCUGAGGUGGCUGCAGAGCUGCCAAAGAAGGUGGAAGUGGUUCUGUACCAUGGAAUGUCAGCUCUGCAAAGGAAGUACUACAAGGCCAUUUUGAUGAAAGAUCUAGAUGCAUUUGAAAGUGAAACAGGAAGGAAGGUUACACUUCAGAAUGUCUUAAUUCAGCUUCGGAAGUGUGUUGCCCACCCAUACCUUUUCAAUGGUGUUGAGCCAGAACCGUUUGAGAUUGGAGACCAUAUUGUUGAAGCCAGUGGCAAGCUGUGUUUGUUGGAUAAACUCCUUUCAUUCUUGUAUGCUGGUGGCCACCGUGUCUUGCUGUUUUCUCAGAUGACUCAACUGCUUGAUAUCCUGCAAGACUACAUGGACUAUAGAGGCUACAGCUACGAGCGGCUGGACGGUUCUGUUAGGGGUGAAGAGAGACACCUUGCCAUUAAGAACUUUGGUCAACAGCCCAUCUUCAUCUUCCUGCUGAGCACCAGAGCAGGUGGAGUUGGCAUGAACCUGACAGCAGCAGAUACAGUUAUUUUUACUGAUAGCGAUUUUAAUCCACAAAACGACUUGCAAGCAAUAGCACGAGCUCACCGAAUUGGGCAGCACAAGCCUGUCAAAAUUAUCCGCUUGAUUGGGCGAGAUACAAUUGAAGAAAUAAUCUACCGAAGAGCUGCUUCUAAGCUUCGGCUGACAAAUGCCAUUGUAGAAGGGGGGCAGUUUGCUCUGGGAGCACCCAAGCCUCAGGGAGCAGCAGAGUUACAGCUGAGUGAAAUCUUGAAAUUUGGCUUGGAUAAAUUGCUCUCCUCUGAGGGGAGUACUAUACAGGAUGUGGAGCUAGAAAACAUCCUUGGAGAGACAGAAGGAGGGAAGUGGGUCAUGGAUGUUGUGCUGCCAUGCAAAGAAGAGAGUGAAGAGGAGGAUACAGAGAAUCACAUGUACGUGUACGAAGGCAAAGAUUAUUCAAAAGAACCCAGCAGAGAAGAUAGAAAAGCAUUUGAUCAGCUUUUGGAUCUUCAGAAAGCCUUGACUGAAGAGACCAGUAAGGAAGGGAGAGCUCUCCGGAACAAAGCAAACGCCCUUCUCACAGGCCUCCGGGAACAGUCAACCAGGAGGAAGCACUUGUUGAGCCCAGAGGAGCUGGAGGCUAGGAGGAAGAAGCGCCAAGAAGCAGCAGCAAAGAGAGCAAGGCUCAUGGAGGAAAAGAAGGCGGCAAAAGCAGAGGCAGAACACAAGAAAAAGAUGGCCUGGUGGGAGGCAAAUCAUUACACAUCUACUUGCCUGCCUUCAGAGGAAAGUGACUCUGAGGAAGAAUUUGAGGAGGAUGAGGCUGGGCUGAACAUGGAUUUAGAUUACAAAGAUGCAGACCUGAACUGUAUCAAGUACGUCAUGGGAGAUGUCACCCACCCCAAAGCAGAAGAGGAGGAUGCCAUCAUUGUCCACUGCCUAGAUGACUCCGGCCGCUGGGGAAGGGGUGGUUUAUUUACAGCUCUGGAGGCUCGUUCUGAUCAGCCAAGGAAAAUAUACGAGAUGGCAGGAAAGAUGAAAGACCUGGAGUUAGGAGGAACCCUGUUAUUCCCCAUUGAUGAUAAAAAGUCCAGGAAAAAAGGACAAGACUUGCUGGCCUUGAUUGUAGCUCAGCACCGGGAUCGGUCCAACAACUUGUCUGGCAUUAAGCUGUCUGCUUUGGAAAAGGGCCUGAAGAAGAUUUAUUUAGCAGCCAAGAAAAGGAAUGCAACAGUGCAUCUUCCACGUAUUGGGUAUGCAACAAAAGGUUUCAACUGGUAUGGUACCGAGCGGCUCAUCCGAAAAUAUUUGGCAACACGGGGUAUCCCCACUCUCAUAUACUACUUCCCUAGGAAUAAAGGCUUUUCCUCUGCUUCACAACCAUAUUCAUCUUCCAUGACAGUCUCAAAGCCAUGAAGAUGCAGUAUUUUUAUUGAGAAACAUGCGCCAAAAUCUUCUCAACAUCACGCAGACAGUCUGUAUGCAUCCACUUCAGAAGCAUGGCUUACACAGCUGUUAUUCGCCCCUGUAUCUCUCUGCCUUUAUUGGCCAGAACGUUUACAUAUUGUCAGUGGCUCUGGAGGGGAAUGAGACUGCGUCAGAGUUCAAAGAGUCUUUGGAUAAGGAUGUUGGCUCAAUCCCAGAUCUGUUUUGGAGGUGGAUAAUUAAACUUCCACUGAUGGUUAGUUGUUAUCCCUUACAUUAAGUUAUUGCUAGGGCUUGGAAUUACAGUAUUGUUUGGCCAUAUUUCCUCCCCCCCCCCUUAAAAUUUCAUCCCUUGUCUCACUAUAACUCUUUUCAGGCAGCUUUUUAGAGGUUACCUGGGACUCUGUGUAUGUGCCCAUAUAGACGUCUCAGUGGAAAGGAAGCUGUCAACCGCAUGACAACCACAUAGUAUAAACUGUUUAUACUGUUCCAGUUUCCCAGAAGUCCAUUUGACUUGCAUUUGUUCAAAUAUAAAAUUUAGCCACAUAAUCACGUGCCUACAAUCUAGCAAAAUCCUGACCAGUAUUCUUGGCAAAGGCAUGCAAGGCUGCCAAAAUUUGAGACUUUAUAAAUUACACCUUUCCUUCUCCCACAACUGCUUUUUCAUUACACAGUUCUUUGUUGCAGCUGUUGGGCAAAACCAGUACCUUAUUGCUAUCUAAAAAGCUGUGUGAAAGGUUCCAUGACCCUUUGAUUCACUUUAAGGAAAUCUUAAUGCAGAGUUUCUGAUGUUGGCUUUGCUCUAUUGGAAGAGAACUUUCCUGGUUUUUGCAUUGUUGGCACUGUUCGCUUUAGCAUAUUUUUAGGGUAUUUUUAGUACAACCAGGGAAUAGCAGCUCUCCUAAUAAGUGUUUUGACUAUAGAGACUGUGAGGUGCCAAGCUUAAUUCAAUUUAAAGUUCAGCUUCCAAUAGGAAAUCACCCCACAAGCAGUGGAAGGUUCGUCUUUAUCUAAUUGCCAACACACAUCUCAUUGGCUGCAUUUACAGGGCCUCUGUAGCACCGUCUGGUUACUUAGUAGUUUCAGGCCGGAUUCUGACAUGGCUGGUCAGGUUGACUGGUGUGCUCUGCACUAGAAGAAGGCUUCCUGAGUUGGAUAUUCUGCCAUUCACUCUUAGCUCUACCAGGAAACCCCAAGUGAUUCAUUAUCUCCUUUGACCCUGCUGAAUCUUAGGUAAGCUAGUGCUGCAUAGCACCGCUGUGGGUAAGACCUUGCUUGCAGCUGCUCACAGGGGCAGCCCCUAUGGAUUAGUCAAAGGGCUUGCAGGAUCAGAAUCUGACUGUGAAGACUUUCUGGGGUGAAAGGUGGCGGGUAGAUGUACGUUACCUUGGUUUCCCCCAGUCAUGUGAACUGGCACUCUUCCAGCAGGCCGGCUGGUGGCACUGUUAAUCAGCUGGAGCAGCACAUGUUGCUCUUCGGUCUGCUUUCAGAGAGCAGGGCAGUGAUCUCCAGCCUGGAAAAACACUCCAUCUCUGCCAGAAUUCAAACACCAGUUAUGCUUUUUUCUUUGCCAGCUUGACUGAACACGUAAUUUCAGUCUGCAGAUUCAAGGCUCUGUUCCUCCACCUAUUCUUUUCCUGUAUGUUUAUUGCCCUUUAAAAGGUUUCAUUCCCAAGUGUUCCAGUGUGUGCAGUCUUUUCCUCAGCUUCACACGCACCUAUGGCCAAAUCCCAGCCCACCUACAGGUUCUUGGCCACCGUGCAGUUACACAUGGACAGGAUUUGUCUUGCGGCUGAGUCGCCCCAGGAUAGGUUGAAGUAGUGCAUCUACCACCACUAUGUCCAGGUAUUCCUAUUUGAGGCCUUAUGCUUUGCUUUGUUUCUACAAGCAGAUGGGGCUCUGCCUCUGUCCUGUGCCCCCCACCCUGCUAGAACUCUGACUGGACUUAUAAAGGAGAGGAGGGCAUGACUACCUGCCUGUUAAUAUCCAUUACCCUCUAAGAUAAGGUCCACAGGGGGCUGCAAGGUUCCUGGCACACACGGAGGAAAGGUCAUACAGAUUCUAGCCCUCUAACUUAGGGGCAAGUCAGACAAAAGAUGUUCUCUUUUUCCCUCUGUAGCCCUCUUGGCCUGUGCAGAUGAAAUCUACCAUAAUUUUUUUCCUUUAAGUUUAGUUAGGAAAUGCUUCUGCAGUGUUUUGGGUUUGGUUUUUUUUUUCCUUUUUUAAACAAUAUUCUUUAAAUCUGCUGAACGCAAAGAAAAGUCCUACUUCCAUCUGUUUCGAAAUGGAAGUGAGAUUUCAAUUGAAUCCUGAACUGUGUUUUGCAGAAUCUCAGCCAAGUGAAGUUUUUCUCGUGUUUGCUACCCACCACCAUUUCUCUUUAUUUGGGCAGAAAUCAUGUAUUUUGGAUAAUUAAUUCCAUAAAGGGCUCAGUAGCUUUUAUGCACGUUGCUAUGCAAAAUAAAUGUGUCAUGCUGUUUCUUCA